AUGGGUUCUAAUCAUCCUUAUCACGCACUUAACAUUGAUGAGCGUGUCAAGAGAGUCAUAUCGCAAACUCCGCUAAUCGAUGGCCAUAACGACCUACCACAGCAGCCGAGGGCUUGUUUCCAUGGGAAGAUUCAUAACAAUGAGAAGUUUGACCUAGAAAAGGGGUUUGAGCGUGGGAUGACAGAUAUUCCCCGGCUCAAGCAAGGUGCUGUUGGUGGACAAUUCUGGUCCGUUUGCGUCCCCUGCCUUCGCUCUGCCGAGAACUUUACUACGCCAGAGUACUCGGACAUGGCUCGCGAUGCAAUUGAACAAAUUGACUUGACACUCCGUCUUGUUGAAUCAUACCCGGAGACGUUUCAACUCGUGAGCGAACCGCAUGAGGUGAAGCAGAUUUAUGCAUCGGGAAAGAUUGCGUGCUCGAUCGGAAUCGAGGGAUUGCACAUGGCAGGAAAUAGCAUCGGAAUUAUUCGCGCCUUUUACAGGCUGGGAGUAAGAUACUGCACAUUGACGCACGUUUGUAACAAUGCCUUUGCAGACAGCUCGACCUCUAAAGUUGGGCCGGUGCAUGGGGGUUUAUCACAAUUGGGAAGGGCUGCAGUAGUGGAAAUGAACAGAAUAGGCAUGAUUAUCGACGUUUCGCAUGUCUCUGAGGACUGUGCCAGACAAGUACUCAACUUGUCUCGCGCUCCGGUCAUGUUCUCCCACUCAAACGCCAAGGGCGUGUUUGAUUGCGCGAGAAAUGUCCCCGAUGAUAUUUUGGACAUGGUCCCUGCAAAUGGGGGAAUCGUCAUGGUCACCUUUGUUCCUGAGCACGUCGCAAAGCGGCGCAAAGAGGCAAGGAUGGACAUGGUGGUAGACCACCUCUUCUACGUGGCCAACCGCAUCGGAUGGGACCAUGUCGGGCUUGGUUCUGACUUUGAUGGAAUCGCAAGUGUGAUUCCCGGGCUAGAAGACGUCAAGUGUUAUCCACACUUAUUGAAAGCCAUUUUGGAUCGCGGGGCUACCGAAGACCAGCUGGCGAAGGUCAUCGGGGAGAAUAUUUUGAGGGUUUGGGGCGGGGUUGUCAAGACGCGCGAUCAAAUGAAGAUGGAGGGAGUUUUGCCCGUGGAGGACGUAUUCAAGGAUCGGAAAUGGUGGAGAUAUGAUGGCUAUUAUCAGAUGGAGGAUCCUGAUCCAGAAGAUAAGUUGGGACUGGAUUGGUAUGGAGUGCCGCCCCCAGAUGAGGGUUUGUAUCUUUCAGAUUAG